AGUUCAAUAUUCUUUUUGUACCGACAGCGUGAAAUGACUUGGAACUGUAAACGUAAUAGAAUGUCGCCCUCUUGUGGCUGUAGCAGGGUAUUGUUUUAAGACAACAACAGGACGGAAACACGACGAGGAUUUCGGCGUUUGGGGAGAAAGCUAGCUAAAACCGCGGGCUAUGCCUUUUAAAUAUUGGACCUUUCCAUGUUUCAACUGUUAGCGGCUACUCCUAUUGAGGCAGGACUAAGAUGUAUCACCGAAGCCUUCCGGACACGUACGGCGUAAGCAAAACCCCACAAACGACCGCGACCCAACAAAACAAGCCGUGUUCCAUUGUGUUUUAAAAUGGAAGUCUAGGAGCGGAAGUAGUAGCAUUUGGGGGUUUGUUGGGGCAAACGACGCUUUGUUGUUGUCCGCACUAGGCUGAAAGCACUUUGUAAAUGUAAAUUUUGAAGUGAAAUGUUCUACGUUUGAAGACCGCUUUGGCUUAAAAAAAAACCAACAACAACAACAUGAAAACAAACCCAUUUGGUUGGUAUUAUUAGCAGGCGCGUUGUUUAUUUCCAGAAAUAAAACACUGGUUAUCGUGCAUGUACUUUCGAAAUAAGAGCGUUUUGUUUGAUUUUGUAGUUCAAAUAAACGCCCGUUUCGAGGAAAGGAGAUGCGCAACGCUGUCCUUGCACACACAAAGGGAUAUAAUCAUCUUGAAUUAUGGCAAAGAAGGAUGCAGAAGAGGUGCCCAGUUCUUCUGGCAUGAACAGUGGGGCCAGUUUGAGUAUCACUGCCAGCAGAGGAUUGCACGGCCUCGGUCUCGGAUGCCUCCCUUCCCCGGCCACAGCUCGAAGACUGCAGUCCCUCCGAAAUCGGGAUUUGACACUAGGGGGUGCCCUGAAGAAAACAAAGAAAACCUUUGAGCCAAACAUCAAUGCUGUGAGGAAGAGCAAAGAUGAUUACAGAUUAAAGGAAGAGGCUCAAGUGAUACCAAAAAGGGAGCGGAAACAGCGGGAUAAUAGAAGAGGAGAAAACAGAGGCAGGAGGAAAGAGAAGCCGCAGACUAUCCAGUGUCACUCCAUCUUUGAACAGGGCCCUGCCGACACGCCGCGGAAAACAGGUGCUGCUGCGGGAGUUUGUGAUGCCACCGCAUUUCCGAAUUGUAAAACUGUAAAAAAAGAGCCACAGGACUCCGAUGAUGAAGAUGAGCUACUCAGAAAACUGCAGAGGGAUGAUUUCAUAAGUGACCCGAGUUUGAGGAAUGACGCCAAGCUGAAACCUAUCCAGUUACCUUUGUGUCAGACGAGCACAACCUCAAGCCAAGAGAAGCCUCUUCUUCUCGCAUCGCCAUCCAGUGGACCUCAGCUUAAAACAGGCCAUAACAGAGACCAGCCAUCUUUAGUGGAGAUCCUGCAGUGUCUCUGCCUGUCCGGCAAGGAGGAACUCUUCUUCAUGCAGUUACCUGACUGUAUGCCCGUAAGAGAACAAAAAGCAGAACCAAGUCCUGGACCGAGAUUUGAGAAAGUUACCAAGGACAAGAAACCUCUGCAUGGGAAAGCACAAGUUGAGCCAACAGAGUCCCCUUCAGUGACGUGCUCACCUGUUCUGUCCGAAUUCCCAGAGGGAUUUCUGGGCAAGCUCCGAAUACGAAAAUCUGGAAAGGUGGAGAUGAAGCUGGGUGAUAUUGUCAUGGACAUCACUGAUGGAACUGCUUUGUCAUUCCUCCAGCAACUGGUGUCCGUGAAUCUGGCCGACGGUAAGACCGGCGACAUGAUGGUGUUAGGGAACAUCCAACAUAAACUGGUCUUAUCUCCAAAUUUCCAAACAUUAUUGGAGGAAUCAACCCAACAGCAACAAGGAUCCUGAUCACCUCAUCAGCAGAUGAUAUCACAGACUGCAUGACAGAAGUGUAUUUUUGUAGUUUUGGAUUCAUCUUUUCGGCAGCCUGCAGUGCUUACCUUCAAUACUCAACGUUCCAACAUU